AUGGGCUACACGGAUCUCGAUUGGAAGGCCAUCAACACCGUCCGGCUGCUGGCGGUCGAUGCCACUCUCAAGGCGAACAGCGGCCAUCCGGGAGCUCCCAUGGGGCUUGCUCCUGUCUCGCAUGUCCUGUUCAACAAAUUCAUGACCUUCAAUCCGAAAAACCCCGACUUCAUCAACCGCGAUCGAUUUGUUCUAUCGAACGGACAUGGUUGCAUGCUUCAAUAUGCCCUCCUCCACCUGUUCGGCUAUGGCGUCUCGCUGGACGAUCUCAAAAACUUCCGACAACUCGACAGCAUUACUCCGGGCCAUCCUGAGGCUCACGACACACCCGGAAUCGAGGUGACUACCGGACCUUUGGGCCAAGGUUUUUCCAAUGCAGUUGGUUUGGCCAUUGCCCAAGCCCACACCGGAGCCGUCUUCAACAAGCCAGGGUAUGAGCUUAUUAAUAACUACACCUACACAAUCUUCGGCGAUGGCUGCGCCAUGGAGGGUAUUGCGAGCGAAGCUGCUUCCACUGCUGGACAUUUGCAGCUGGGAAAUUUGAUUGCCAUCUACGAUGACAAUCACAUUUCCAUCGAUGGCGACACCAAAUGCGCCUUCACCGAGGAUGUCUCAAAGAGAUUUGAGGCCUAUGGCUGGCAUGUGCAGCACGUUGCAGAUGGUGACCACGACCUCGAGGGCAUUGAAGCUGCCAUCGCCAAGGCCAAAGAAGUCAAGGACAAGCCAUCCAUGAUCAAGGUGACAACCACCAUUGGCUUUGGUUCCAAGCUUCAAGGCACUGGCGGUGUGCACGGCAACCCUCUCAAGGCCGACGAUGCCAAGCAAGUCAAGGCCAAGUUUGGUUUCAACCCUGAAGAGUCGUUCGUUGUGCCACAGGAAGUCUACGAUCUUUAUAACAAGCAUGCUGCCGAGGGUGCCGCUGCCGAGCAAGCCUGGAACGACCUUUUCAAGAAGUACAGCAGCGAGUACAAGGAUUUGGCUGCUGACUUGACCCGUCGUAUCUCCAAGAAACUUCCCGAAGGCUGGGAGAAGAAGUUGCCCGUGUACAAGCCAUCCGAUCCCGCGGUUGCUUCACGAAAGCUUUCUGAGAAGGUGCUGGAGGAUAUCCACGAGGCCAUUCCUGAGCUCUUGUCCGGCUCUGCCGAUUUGACCGGGAGCAACAAUACUCGAUGGAAGAACGCCGUUGAUUUCCAGCCCCCGUCCCUCGGCAUUGGCGACUGGUCUGGACGCUACCUCCGAUACGGUGUUCGAGAACACGCGAUGGCGGCUAUCAUGAACGGCAUCUCCGCCUAUGGCACUCUGAUCCCGGCUGGAGGCACUUUCUUGAACUUUGUGUCAUACGCCGCGGGUGCCGUCCGUCUCUCAUCCCUUUCGCACCAGCGAGUUAUCUACGUCGCCACCCACGACUCGAUUGGUCUUGGUGAGGACGGUCCCACCCAUCAACCGAUUGAGACUUUGGUUCAUUUCCGAGCCCUUCCCAAUAUGAUGGUCUGGCGACCUGCCGAUGGCAACGAGACCUCUGCGGCGUAUUACAUGGCACUCACAUCCACCGGCACGCCCUCCAUCCUGGCCUUGACCCGACAAAACUUGCCUCAACUCGAGAACUCGACGAUAGAGAAGGCAAUCAAGGGUGGUUAUGUUGCGUACGAGGUGGACAAUGCUGAUAUCACCUUGGUGUCUACGGGAUCAGAAGUUUCGCUUUGCAUCGAGACUGUCAAGGUGCUGAAGGAUCAACAUGGCAUCACUGCACGAGUUGUCUCAAUGCCGUGCACGGAGGUCUUUGAUGCUCAGCCCAAGGAAUAUCAGCUCCAAGUCCUCCCCGAUGGCAUUCCAGCCUUGUCUGUCGAGGUCAUGUCUACACUCGGUUGGGAGAAGUACUCUCACGAGCAAUUCGGCCUCAACCGCUUUGGUGCUUCCGGCCCGUACAAGGAGGUACUCGUGCUCACUAACACUUGGCAGAAAUUCGAGUUCACUACUGAGGGCAUUGCCAAGCGUGCGAUCGCCACAGUCGACUUCUACAAGGGCCUCAAGCCUCGCUCACCGGUUAAUCGUGCCUUCCAACAACUCAUCUAA